AGUGACGGCGGCGGCGUCGCGGCGCGGAGGGAUCCGCCGUGUCCUGGCAGAGCGGCGGCCGCGGCCCGGCCCGGCCCGCCCGGCCCCGGCAUGUUCAAGAACACCUUCCAGAGCGGGUUCCUCUCCGUGCUCUACAGCAUCGGCAGCAAACCGCUGCAGAUCUGGGACAAGAAGGUGCGCAAUGGCCACAUCAAGCGAAUCACAGACAAUGACAUUCAGUCACUGGUGCUGGAGAUCGAAGGAACAAAUGUCAGUACCACGUACAUCACGUGCCCUGCUGACCCAAAGAAGACCCUGGGCAUCAAACUACCUUUCCUAGUGAUGAUCAUCAAGAACCUGAAAAAAUACUUCACUUUUGAAGUGCAGGUGCUGGAUGAUAAGAACGUGCGCCGGCGCUUCCGGGCGAGUAACUACCAGAGCACGACGCGGGUGAAGCCCUUCAUCUGCACCAUGCCCAUGCGGCUGGACGACGGCUGGAACCAAAUCCAGUUCAACCUGUCGGACUUCACGCGCCGCGCUUACGGCACAAAUUACAUCGAGACCCUCAGAGUUCAGAUCCAUGCCAACUGUCGCAUCCGACGGGUGUAUUUCUCUGACCGGCUGUACUCAGAGGAUGAGCUCCCAGCUGAGUUCAAGCUGUAUCUGCCUGUCCAGAACAAGGCCAAGCAAUAACACCAUGUUGGGAAGAGAUGUUGUUGGCGUGCGAGUUGUACAGAGUCAGAGUUUUCCUGGCUGUUCCUAAAGUGCUGAGCCUAAACACUGCAGGUGGCCUGGUACCCAAUCUUGUCUUGCUCUAAGUGGCCACUGUGCCUCCAAAGAGGGCAUUCAGCAGGAAUUACGGAGUUAAGUGUACCCUCUUAAAGUUUCCAAUUUUAUUUUUUAUUUCCUUGUUUUCCGUCUCUUAUAUAUGCUCUAAAUAUGGAUGUAAUACUUGUUCUUGAAAAGUUAUUAAACAUUUGACUCUGUAA